AUGGAAGCCAGACUUCUACAACUAGCACAAGAUUUCCAAGAUGCCACGGAACUAAGAAUAGCAGCGUCUACUCAUCGUGUUAUUAGGGAAAAUAUUGCUAUUAAUAAUGAACUGGAUAAUAUUUUAUCUACCCAGUCAAAAUUAGCAGAACAAAAUGAUAAAUAUAAAGAAAGUGAAAGAUCGGCUCGUAUUAAGAUGGAACUAGCUGAAGAAGAAAGAGACAAAGCCAUUAAUAAAAGCAUUGUUCAGCAAAAAGUUAUCGAUCAGCUUACUUUAGCUUUCCAAAAUAUAAACAAGGAGAAGGCGUUAUUUGAAAAGAGGAACUAUGAUUUUGAGGCACUGCAGGCAAAAGUUCAAAAAUUAACAAAAGAAAAUGAAAAUCUUUCUUUACAAGUCAGAAUCCUAGAACAAAAUCUUCAUGCAAAAUUGACUGAUCAAAACAAGUCGGUUGUUGAGUCUUCAAAAAUUUCCAAAGAAAAUGCUAAAUUAAAGCAAAUUUUAAAAGAAGCUGCGACUGCAGUUCUAGCGGCUUUGAAAUUAGAUCAAUGGUCUACCGUGGAUCCAACUCGCGAUGUAGUGGAUAGACAGGUUUUGCUUUCACGCUUACUUAUGAUUAUUACCCAAUAUCGUGACAUACAACAAGCGGGAUCAAUGGAGACCCUGGCGUCAUUCGAAAAAAUUUAUGAGGGUGGAGAUCUUGGAUUCAUUCCAAAACCGAGUUCGAAAAAGUCGAUCGGUUCUACAGUGAUUCUCGCGUCAUCCAAAGACUCAUUUCAUGAGGAAAAAGAAAGCUUAACCUCAAAGGAAAUUUCCAUACCUUCGAUAGGUAGUAUUAAAACGAUUCCUAGUAUGAAGCUGGUGCCUCCUUCUUCAGAACCUGAAAUGCCAAUUAAAGAAAGUAUUCAGUCAUUCGUAACUUCAUCUCAGUCGACUGAAGGUUCUGUACUUACCGAAUCAGAAGAGAGUGAGACGGAUACAAUUGAUAUCGAAAAACAGCUAGAAAUAAGUAAAUUAGAAAUUCAGAAAUCGAUUAUGAAAGACUUAGCAUAUUCGCAAAUGGCUUUACAAUCACAAUCUAGAUUUUCCGAAGAGCGGGAAAAGGGAUUAAUUUCAAAGUCAGUUAUAUUUGAGAGCACUGAAAAUGAAAAGAAAAAAGAAGAUGACGUAGAGGAGUCUCGUGAAAAAUUAGAAAGAGAGCAAGAGGCAAGUGACGACAGAAAUUCAGAGCAAAUAGAAGUGAAGGAUGAAGAAGAAAGUUCGGAUGAUCCUAAGCAAAAGGAAAAAGAGGACGGUCAAGCCGUGGAGCUUGCAGCUUGUGAAUGCACCGCCCGACCCUGGGCUGGUGACUCUUCAGUGGUGGUUGCAGAAGUGGGAGCAAGAUGUCGGUGCGGCUGCGUAUUGCACCUAGCACCCGCUGCAAGAUUGUUAGCUGGUUCUGCGAGGGCUUGUCCGGCUAGAUCCUUCUGGUUACUUCAGGCUGAGGAAGGCUUAGUGGUCAGGCUGCGUUUCGAGGCAGUCCGGCUGCCUUGUGCCGGUCAAGCGCUGAGAGCCAGGGACGGAGAUUCCUUAGGAUCACCGCUUUUAGCUUCUUGGGAUGGACCUGACAGUACUGCUUCGACAGGUGACGUGGAAACUACGACCGAUGGUACGGGUGUGAUCGAAAUAGCUGGCGGGCGGCACAUCCUUGUGGAGCUGAAGUCGGCGGACACUAGUGAACGCUGUACUGGCGGCUUCUUGGCCCACGCCUACCAAAUUGAGCCGAUCCGCAACGCGUCAGCCGCUUGGGCAUCAGUGGGCGGCGGGGCGUGGUGGCGCGGGGGCGGGGGAGCGCGGGCUGCGGCCGGCGCGCUGGCAGCGCUUGCAGCGCUCGCCGCGCUGGGUCUCGCGCUGCAUUCAGCACACCGCACCAGGGCGUACCAACGUGCCGCCGACAAGGAGUCGCUUACUGACAGUGAUGCUUGCUCGGCGUCGCUGGAGCUGGGCGUCACUGCGGCAGCGUCGCGCAGCACGCUGCUGUCGGACGGGGUGGGCAGCGUGGCGCUGCGCCGCCUGCGGCCCACCGCACGACACUCUAGGCUGCGGGAACCGGACCCCACCACGAACAGGGAUGAAGAAGACCAGGGUACAGACGUGGAAGUUGAACCAGGGGACACCAUAAGCGUUGCGAGCGCUGAAAGCGUCGCUAGCCAAGCUACCAUUACUCCAGAAACUGUGUCGUCGAGCAGCGCCCCAGUUGGCUCCAAAAGCAUUACAUCAUCACCGCUGCGAAGGUCACACACCGUCUCCACCUCACAUGUUAGCUCUUCUCAAGCAACGUCACCACCUCAACCAUCAGCAAGUAAGGCGGAGACAAUUGAGAUGAACACUAGCAACACUAGCGUGAGUGAAAGAGGAGAUAGUAUGGGGGAAAAAGACAGAGACAGUGCGUGGGAGAAGGACAGAAGCGAAAGUAGGGCUUCGUCUUCAACUUCAGCUGCAACGCUAACUAACGGUUGGUACUCUCCCGCUCUGAGCGGUGUGUCAUCAGCCAGAAUUCGUGACAACCCUAAAUAUACCAAAGAAACUUGCAAUCGUAAACUAUUGAAGUCAGACCUUAGUCUCACUUCCCACCCUGAAAUGGAGAUAGAUUAUUAUGACUACGAAGUUAAUAACGCCGGUUCUGUUCCUGGUUCGUAUUUAGGGAUGGAUCCGGCUUUUUUAGUCUGGAUACCGCCUAUUGAGGAUGGUGAUAUCAUAAAGGAGAUUGAUGAAAACAAAUCGCUUAAAUAUGAGGAGGUUAUCCCAAAGGAGCUACGUCCAGAUCCAGGCAGCAAUACCGAGUCACCUGAAGACCGACCACCGUCUAGCACUUUGCGAAGAAAUGCAGACAAUCGCACAAACAGAUCUAAUGAGUCCAUUAAAUCUAUGAGGAAAGUCAUGGACAGAGGUAACAUUAUACAUCCGCUUAACUUCAGCAUUAGCGACUUGCAACACUCGCCAAGAGUGACAAAGAAAAACAAAAGGAAAAGGGAAGAGAAUCCCGUGUCAAUACCGAUGAAAGACCUAACACUAAACAUGUCACCAGUUAGAGUGCAUAGAAGCGAAACAAAAAACGAUUACGAUAAUUCAUCGACACUAAAACGAGUUAAUGACACGUCCAGAGAAACUAAAGAUGAUACACUGAAAAGAACGGAUGCUGUUGAUUUGAGAUUCGCUGAUGAAAAUUCCGAUUCAUCUAAUGACAUAAAAUUCGCAGACGACUCACCAGAUAGCAAUAGACUAGUUGAUAGGUACGAAGUUAUAGCAUAA